CGAAAGGGGAACGAAGCUUGCAAGAGCCUCGAAGUCGUUGGGUUACCACUCACCACCUUUCAGGAAGAAAGAGAGGCGGUGUGGAAGACGCCAAGCUGAUUGGCUGUUUUUGACUUGCUUGCAAAUCAAAAAUGUUUUGUGGUGGCCAUCGCCAUCUCACAACGACUGCAAAUGGCCGCACCGGCUGCAUUGGCUGCACGUUAUUCGGCCGCCGGGGCCGUGGACGCUGCAGCCUGCAAGACCGGCAAAGCGGCAACCUGCAAGCAAGCCUUUGGUGCUGUACUUCCAGUUGGUUCUCAUGGCUUGUGGGGGAUGGAUGCCGGCGGCCGAUCAGGAAGCGAAGUUUGCAGAACCCUGCUUUUGACUUUUGGUUGUCCAAGCCUGGACAAGCAGCGGGCAUCAUUACAGAACCUUCUUGUUCGGAGACGGGCUUCCAAAGCCCUGGGUCCUGGAGGGCCAGGCAGCCAUGAGCAAAUUAAAGAGUUACGUCACAGAUACACAAAUACAUUGGGGCACAAACGCAACAUGCACCUAAAUGAUCAUGGAGGGGUAAAAAGCAAGCAAAAUAGGGUCGGGCUGUUCAAUUCCCGAGAAGUGGGCAGGGCGUUACGAGGGGCCAAGCAAGAAUGGAGGAGUUAG